GCUGAAGAGUGAUGCGCGCGCCGGGCGGAGGGACGCGCGUCCUUGCGUCUUCCGCGCACUGAUCGCUGCCGCACGCUGCGCCGAGGAGGACGCGACGACGGCGGCCGCGAGAUCGGUAAAUACGUGAAAGGAGAUACCUGUUACUACUGGACAAUGUUGGCUGAGUGAAAGUUCCUUUUGCUCAGCCAUAAAUCGCAGCGAACUCCAUUUCACUGGGGGUCUGCACCACCGAGGACCACCAGAGGGCGCUCCUACCACCAGCCCGACUUGAGGAUGGACACCAUCUCCAUGCUGGGCCACAGCUCCCCGAGCGCCAAGGAGACGUUCUCUCCCGACGGCGCCAAGAACGGCCCCAGGGCCGUGGCCAUCCUGGGCUCCGGGGACUUUGCGCGCUGCCUAGCGCUGCGGCUGCUCCGCUCCGGUUACCGCGUGGCGGUGGGCAGCAGGACGCCGCGGCGGGCGGCCGAGUUCUUCCCGCACGUGGUGGACGUGACUCACCAGGAGGACGCCGUGGCCAAGGCCGGCGUGGUGUUCCUGGCUGUGCGCCGCGAGCACUAUGCUUCCCUCUGGGGUCUCCGGCACCUUCUGGCCGCCAAGGUGCUGGUGGACGUGAGCAACAACAGCCGGCCCGGCCAGUACCCCGAGUCCAACGCCGAGUACCUGGCCUCACUCUUCCCGGACUCCCUGGUGGUAAAGGCCUUCAACAUGAUCCCUGCCUGGGCCAUGCAGUCGGGACCCAGAGAAGCUAGUAGGCAGGUGUACGUGUGCAGUAACUCCACGGAGGCCCGAGGCCAGGUGAUGGAGCUGGUGCGGCGGCUCAACUUCGAACCCGUGGACAAGGGCAUGCUGUCGUCGGCGAGGGACAUCGAGGACCUGCCCCUGCGCCUCUUCGGCGCCUGGCGGGGUCCCGUGCUUUCCGCCGUGGGUCUGUCCGUGUUCUUCUUUGGUUACGCGUUUGCGCGCGACGUCGUCCACCCCUACGUGCACGGCCGACAGAGCUACUUCUACCGCAUUCCUGUGGAGGUGGUGAACCGCACCCUGCCGGGCACGGCGCUCACCCUGCUGGCGCUCGUCUACCUGGCUGGCCUGCUGGCCGCCGCCCACCAGCUAUACCACGGCACCAAGUAUCGGCGCUUCCCAGCCUGGCUCGAGGGCUGGCUGCAGAGCCGCAAGCAGCUGGGGCUCCUCGGCUUCUUCCUGUCCUGCGUGCACGUGCUCUACAGCCUGUGCCUGCCCCUGCGGCGGUCCGAGAGGUACCAGCUGCUGAACCUGGCCUUCCAGCAGGUCCAUGCCAACGUGGACAACUCUUGGAACGAGGAGGAGGUGUGGAGGGUGGAGAUGUACAUCACUUUUGGUGUGAUGAGUCUGGGCCUCUUCUCCCUGCUGGCCAUCACCUCCAUCCCCUCAGUGAGCAGUGCCCUGAACUGGCGGGAGUUCAGCUUCAUCCAGUCGACGCUGGGCUACAUCGCCCUGCUCAUUGGUGUCCUGCACACCCUGCUCUUUGGCUGGCGCCGGGCCUUCGAAGAGGAGUCAUAUCGCUUCUACCUGCCACCGAGCUUCGCUGUGGCACUGGCCCUGCCAACCGCUGUGGUCUUGGGCAAGGCGCUGCUGCUACUGCCCUGCGUGGCACGAAGGCUGCACAGGAUUCGCCGCGGCCGGGAGGCCCGGCAGCACCGCGGCGACGCCACCACCUCGGCCGCUCACGUGUCCCCAGAGAGGGUCACAAUCAUGUGAGCUCUGCUCAACCCUGCACUCAGAAUGUGGUCCCGAGUUACAAACACGGAUUUGCCCCAGACUCCAUUCUCCCAGAGAUGACGCUAUCACACAACCCCUCAUCUCUUGACUUAGACCCAGAAUGUCAGUUAUAACCUGUUUAUAAACACUUUCUCACCUUCAUUCGGUGGAAGCUCCGCCCACCCAUGUUGUUCCCAGGGUUGUACAAACUCACGAGUCUCUUUCUUCUUCAGCUAUCAUGCCUGUUUGGACUCCAUCAAACUUCUGAACCCCCGGCAGGCCACCCACUGCUGAUCCCUAGAUGUGAUCUGGUCCAUGUGGAUGUGUGUUCUGUGUUCAAGGCCUCAGUUAUGACCAGAGUAGUUCUACAUCAUCAUUACUCUACUUAUACCAAGGUUGAUUUAUCAGGUUUCUUACAUGGAUAUGAGAAAAGAGUAACAUAAGGUAAAGUCACAUGGCUGAAGGACAUAAGCAUCAGCACACUUGGCAAUUGGAUCAUGAGUCAAUUUAGACGAUUUUUUUCUGUGAUCUUGAUUUUUCUUGUCCGAGGCCUCGACUGUAACCAGAGUGGUUCUACAUCAGAUCACAUCAUUGCCCUACUUAUACUGAGGAUCAAUGAUUAUGAAGAAGGAGUAAUGUAAGGCAUACUCAAAGUCACAUGGCUAAAGAAGAUGGACAUCAACAUAGUGGAAAACUAUUGAGUUGACUGGGAAGAUCUGUGUUUGCAAUCAUGAUUUUUCAUACUGUUGUUCAUGUAUCUGGUUUCUUACAUGGAUAUCUACAAGAAGUAAUGCAUGGUAAAGUCACAUGGCUAAAGAAGGUAUACAUCAGCAGACUAAAUGAUCAUAUCAUAAGUUAGUUGAGGCAAUCUGUGUUUGCAAUCACGAUUUUUCUUGCCCAAGGCCCGAGUCGUAACCAGACUUCUCAUACCGUUGUUCAUUUACCAGGUUUCUUACAUAGAUAGGAACGUGGAGUAACGUAAUGUAAAGUCACACGGCUGAAGCAGAUUGGACGCUUGUCUCAGGAGUCAGUCGACACCAUGCGAAUCUGCAAUCGCGAUUUUUCUUGUCGGCUCAAUCCGUGUUUUCUCGCUGUGCUCUGUGACAUCAUCAGUACCCACAGGUACGAGUCUAUCUGUAGCUUCUUUGUAGGGGACCCUAGAUGUCACGUAAUGUUCUUUGGCAGUGAAUGGUUUCGGGAAUCUACCAAUGAGUACCUGUUUGAAUCCUCUUAUCUCCUUCCGGUGAAAGUGGUGUGACCCUGGCAAAGCAUCUGAAGGUGAGCCAGGGUUCACAUUUGGCCUGGAUGAUAUGAAACGAGGCACAAUGAGCUUUUUCAUAAGGAGAGGGGCGGAGAGCAACAGCAGACGUGGACAAACAAGAACUCUGAACCUCGUUUUUGUCGCCAGGUGCACUUGAGCACUUUGCCUGCUGUUUAUAAGGACUGUGUAUCUCGUAUAUCCCUGUA